UAUCUCUUUGUUUGCUUGUAGAUUUAAACGGAGUUCGUCUAUUUUCAAAGCAGAUUGAAAGAGAGAGUAAGGAAAGUGGAAGAAGAAAAUUCGGUGUUUGUCUUUGUUUGUUUCAAGACUCAGUGACUUGGAGAGAGAGAGAGAGCCAUGGUUGUUGGGUUGAGAUUGUUCCAUCAAAACCCAUUGAUUGUUCCUCAAGUCCAAGGACUAGCAACGAAGAUAUUACCGCUGGGAACUCUUAAUGUUCAAUGCUCGGCGAAACCAGCAGCAACACAGUACAAUAAUAAUGAGAAAUAUAGCCUAAGAACGUGUAAGAAUUGCAAGACCCAAUAUGACCCAGCUCUCAAUCACCCUCGCUCUUGUCGCUACCACACUGCUCACUUUGGUGGAGAAACAAGGAGGAAAUUUGAGAGCGUUUACUCAGGAGGCACCAUGGAUUCUCCCGACUCUGGAAAAGUCUUUCAAUACUGGCAUUGCUGUGGUUCUGAAGACCCCUUUGACCCCGGAUGUACUGCUGCUCCGCAUUCCUCUUAUGAUGACUGAUGCAGUUAACAGUCUUCCACAAUGAAUACAUGCCAAUUCCCUUUAGCAAAUCAGAAUGUAAGAGUGUGAGAUUCUUGCAUGGGAGAGGAUCAAGUUUAGCCAUGGUUUUUGCUGCUAGAAGAGACUCGUACGAGCCUGCAGAUUAUAAUGGAGGAUGCUUGGUCGAUGAAAGUAUGAUCAUUUUGAGGAAACGCAUACAUGAGAUGAAGAUGAUUGAAAGGAACUACGAACCUCCAGAGGAUUGGAUGGAGUGGGAGAAGCAGUAUUACACAUGUUAUGAUGAAUAUAUUUGUACACUAGUGGGGUUAUUGCAAUCACAUUUGAUGAACACAAGGCCUAGCUUGGCUCUUGGGAUGCUUGCACUCAUCACGAUGAGUGUUCCGGUGUCGACGGUCAUGGUUGUGCAUCAUUUCAUGGAGGUGGCCAAUGGUGUCUUCUCUGCCAUUCAUCUUGGUUGAUAUGGUUUGAUUUCGUGAAUGUAAAUUAUGUAAUUUUAUAGAGUUUUGUAUAUAGUUCAUUUUCAUCUUUUCCCAAACUUUUUACCGGGAAAUGAUAAGAUUCUUUGUAUUAACUGUGUUGUUUGAAGAUCUUUUAAUUUAAUCAAAUUCAAGGUCAUAUGGCAAAU